AUGGCCAACUUCAACAUCAAAGUCAUUUCAGACCCAGUCUGCCCCUUUUGCUACCUCGGCAAGGCCCGUCUCAACAGGGCAAUUGACCUGUACCAAAAGACCUACCCUGCAGGCAAGGAAGACAAGUUCAACGUCUCGUGGCAGGCAUACUACCUGGACCCGACGGCGCCCAAGAAGGGCGUCCCCGUCAACGAGCGCAUGGCGGCGCGCUUCGGCGCCGACAGGCUUGAGAUGAUGCACGCGCGCAUGAAGAAGCUCGGCGCCGCGGAGGGCUUCAAUUUUACGUUUGACGGCAAGGUCGGACACACGCGCGACGCCCACCGCGCGAUACAGCUGGCCAAGACCAAGGGCCCCGAGGUUGAGAACGCCGUGGUGACUUCGAUCAUGAAGAGCUACUUUGAGGAGGGCGGCGACAUCACCAGCUGGGACACGAUUGUGGACUCUGCCGUCCGUGGUGGACUAGCAAAGGAAGAGGUCAAGAAGUGGCUCGAGGAGGGCAAGGGAGGCGAGGAGGUGGACAGGCAAGUCGAGGAUGCGUACCGGAUGGGCGUGAGAGGCGUGCCGCACUUUGUCAUCAACGACAAGUACGAGAUUGGCGGCGCGCAGGAUGUCGGCGAGUUUUUGGAGACGCUCGUCGCAGCGAGAGAGGGCGGCAAGGGCGCCAACGGGCAAGACGGCCUGUCGUGUUAG